GUACCAAGCAGGUCAUCAGUCUUGUUUUUAAAAUAAGAUGACAACCUCCCUAGACAUUUUAAGUUCAAUGUUGUUAGAUGGAACAAUACAUAACUUAUCCUUCCUUUACUUUUCUUUUUUUUUUUCAAAAUAUUAUUGAUAACUACCACCCAACAUUGAAGCAUUUCACCAAGAAUCGAAACAUCUCCAAGUUCCAAAGAACAGAACAUCAAACUUGCCCCUCAGAAAGCAAGACUUACAUAAGACUCCCGUCGCGAAAUGACGUAGUUUUACACAGCUUGGUAAACUACCCUUGAUAAAGUACUAGGAAACCAAGAAACCCGGGAAUAUCAUUGAUCUCCACCGUCGCGUUGCUGCAACAACUCUUUUAAUAGUUAUUUGCUUUCCCUUUUCCCUUGUUGCUUGUCCCUCUUCUCUCUUUUCCCCUUCUUCCAUCUCAAGGCCUUGAUGGCUGCUAUUGAUACGCCUUGGCUGACACACAUGUCGACCCCGAAAUCUACCUCCCGCGGCGAUGUCGACGGUUCUGCUACAAUAUCCGACUUUCCCCCGACUUACGCUCCUCCAACGUACGCUUCCUUCUCUUCUGCCAACAUAUCGAGUGCUGCCUCGGCUGCGAAGCGAAGGUCGACCAUCCUCGUUCACCAGAAAUCUCCCUUGCUACUUGCCACACCUCCGCAAGUCACACGCGCCCUCGCCUACAGUCAUCCCUUUCUUUUACCUCUGAAUAGGCUAGUAGGGCUGCUGACAUGGACUACUGGAGAUCCGUGGGAGAGUUUCUUACUGUUAGCAGCUUUCUGGGCGGCUGUGCAGUAUGGUGAUGUCGUUAUACGGUUCGCCGGUCCCAUCGUGGUGGUUUUGGGCAUCAUAGGGGGGAUGUACGGGCGGAGAUAUAGCCCACUGUCCAGUAGCGGCUGGGCCGAACAUCCUAGUAUGGUGAACAAGGACAAAGUCUCGAGCACAUCUACCGGAGGGGCUGCAGGCGGAGCUCAUAAGCGCAAUGCGAGUGAGGUUACUAGUACAAGGCAUCAGAAAACGUUGGACGAGAUUGUCGAUACUGUCAAGGUCUUCACCACCCGGUGCAAUAUCCUUCUUGAACCUUUGCUCCAAAUGACCGAUUUCCUCUCUACACAACGGACCGCGACGAGUGCGACAACAAGACCGGCACUUACUACCUUGUUUGUUCGGAUAGUUGCCAUCACUCCUGUUUGGAUCGCCUUGACAUUACCGCCUUUGCGAAUUAUAACAACGAAGAGGGUUGCAUUGACAUUCGGGACCGUGGUACUUACGUGGCACUCGAGGGUCUGCCGUGUAUCCCGAACACUGUUAUGGCGGAGUGCUACGAUACGGAGAUCAGCAAGGUUCAUCACUGGGCUGGAAUUUGAAGAGCCAGCUAAGACGAAGCCCGAAACCGCUACCGACCAGGAACCCGAUACCGUGACAGCUUCCAAAACGAAGCAACCAAGCAAAGCUACCAAGAUAUCGUCAUCGGCCUUGACGGAGGCUCUUAAACGAAGUGGCCGCUCUGGAGUCAAAGACACAGGUGUCCGAUUCACGUUCAUCCUAUACGAAAAUCAGAGACGUUGGGUAAUGCUAGGGUGGACUAAUAACCUAAUGGCCUACGAACGCGCGGCUUGGACGGACGAGCACAACAACCCGGUCCCUCCCAAAGAUGAGUUUGAGCUUCCAGAGGUAGAAGAUGGCCACGCGAAAUGGAGGUGGGUUGAGGAGAGUAAAUGGCGAGUUGACGGCGCACCCGAUUUAGACGAAACAGACUACGAUACAGAAGCGGGUAAAAACGGGUGGAUAUUCUACGAUAAUACGUGGCAGAAUGGUCGUCGGGGUAAUGAUAGUUGGAGUCGGUGGACACGCCGGCGUAAAUGGUACCGCGAUGCUGAGCUGGUCGAGGUCUCGGAAAGCACGCCUUCCCCUCCGCCACCCGAAUUGCCUGCCCGACCCCGUCCUGCUCAAACGCCUAGCCCCGAGGAGGUAGGCACCGCGAUAUUAUCCACCUCUAGUCCAUCAAGUUCAUUAAAUUCCGUGCCUAGCAAGGACAGGUCGAGAGAAGAAGAUGAUGCCGUCUCACUACUGAGCACAUCUUCUAAGUCGAUCAGAUUCCGGUCCUCGCGUCCUUCAAUACGCCGUGGCACUACGAAUGGCACACAUCCGUCUAGGAGGACCAGUGAGACGGCCAGCUUACGUUCAAACAACGAUGACGAAGGGAGCCUUACGCCAGCCCUUGAGCUAGAGAUACAAGGACACCAAAGAGACCAGGGCCAGUGGGGCAUUGGAGACGAGGCUCAAAUGGGCCUUGAGUAGCCGAUGUGGAGAGCUUUUGGUCAAGCCAUUCAAUAUUUAAUAAUUCUGGUAGAUGGACGGUAGCAUUGAGAAGGCGUUUGGGAAGGUAAGAUACCAACUAAAGGCUGUUUUAUACUUAGGCCAUCCAGAGUGUCUUGGGAGCAUGCAGUGAGCAUCUAGCAGCUCACAGUCUUCGCCAAAUAGAUGUGAUACACAUUUUGGGGUUUAAUACGGCAUUAACUCUCAUUUCGUUUCAGCAUGAAGGUAUGUAUUUUAGUGAUGAAUAGUUCGCUUGCCCUAAUUGCAACUCUUCCUGCUUCUCCUGU